CUCGGGUCGACAAACAUCGAGACCAGGCCGAUCGACUGGCUGGAAAAAGUCGACAGAUACUGUCGAUCUUUCUGACAAUGAUCAAUCUGUCUGCGAUACUGUGAAUCAACUUGAGAAUCAGCGACCAAGUGUCAAUCAGGCUGAAGACCUGACUUUAGUAAAUCUAAAUAGAUCUAGCAAUCUAAAUUCUUGUAACGUGAAUGAUAGCAUUGAUAAUGUUCAAACUCAUUCUAAAAUCAAUGACACAAACUCUAAUAGUUUGACCAAGUGGGUAAAAGUUAACGACACAAACGGAUCGAACAAGUGGGUAAAAUCGACUUCUACUAUCGAUGUCGAUACUGUUGACACUUCAAACAAUCGACUUACUGAACAAGUUGACUUUGACAAUUCGGCUGUUGAGGUUAGGCGUGAUUUCACACCUACGGUGACUGUAAAUAAUGAUUUUAAUGUGACAAACAACAACGCAUGGUCUGAUGUUGUAAAGAGAUCAAGGAAAGCUAAAAUGACUAUUCCUGUAAGUACAGGACAACCGUCCACGAGUGCCAAAUUGAAAUGUGACAGCAUUUCUUGGAGGGUGGACAUUUCAAAGAAUGCUGCACCAAUGUGGGAUUUGUCGAUCGAACGACUCCUAAAAUUUAUUGCUACGCUGGGCAAAAAAAGCAUCCUCUUCGCACAUUUGAGACAGUCAUUAUGAAUAUCAACAUACCGCCUGAUUCCUACAAACUGUACGAAGGCUUCACUGCAGAAGAUGUUCUGCUUGAGUUCGAGUUGCAACAUUCGCUGUGGCACUACAACCCGUUCAGCUUCAAAAGGAAGGAUGUCAGAUUGAACCCAUUCGAUCAAACAUGCAUCGGAAUUGUGUCCUCGAGGAACUACAGAGUGGAGCUCAAUGUCAUAAAAGUGGACUACUGGAGAGUUGUACAAUUUGUGCUUGGAAUCCUGCUAUUCGUGUUCGGACCUCGGUUGAGUAAAAAUGUUUUCUUCUACUACGUAUGCGGUAUCACUUUUGGAGUUGGAGCUUCUUUUCUGAUUCUGGUUUACUUUAUGAGUCGUUUGUUUCCAAAGACACCUUUGACGUACGGAUUCUUCCUGGGAGGAUCAGCCAUAACUUUCUACGCUUUUCAGCUGAUGAUGGAAAAUGUGCGCACCAUCUCAAUGCUUUACAAAGAAUACGUGAUUGGAUACUUCUUUACCACCUCACUCAUCAGCUUCAUCGUCUACUACAGAUUUGGACCCGUCUCUGAUCCCAGAAGCAUCAACCUUAUCAAAUGGUGUUUACAGGGCGCUGCUCUGGUAUCAAUAUUUAUGUGCAGCUACUUCCAGGAAGCAGUACUUGGAGUUGACCUCCUCCUUUUGGUGACUUACAAUAUUCCCAAGUCGUGGUUCAUCUCAAUCAUAACUCUCAUGAAACGAUUUCGACCAACACCGAAGAGAAAGCUUUUGAGUGAAGAUGAAUACCACGAGCAAGGGGCACGAGAAACGGCCAGAGCUUUGGAUGAAUUACGCGGCUAUUGUUCCAGUCCAGACUGUGACCAGUGGCGAGUUAUCAUUCGGCUCAAGAAUCCCAUAAGGUUUGCGAAAUUCGUGCAAGGGUCGUCGCAUUUGGAUGAUGAUGAAGUUUUGGCGUACGAUGUCGAUUCAACAAGAAAUGGCAUUGCAUCUCCUCAAGAUUAUUUCACUGACGAUUCUGAUUGACGGAACGUCACUUCUUUCAAGUGCCUGUAGCAAGUUUUUUGCUAAAUAAAAGCUUCACUUUCAAACUUUUUUCUCAACUUUUGUGAUAAAAAAUUGUGUAAAAUAUGUAAUAAAAAAAAUACAAAUUACAUUUUUUUAUGUGAACUCUAAUUGAUAGUUGUAACUCGUAUUCGCAUGAACAAAAUAUGCUUCGUUAAAGCUAGUCAUUAAGUACAAAGUUUCGGUUUUGAAUGGAUGAUUGUGUUUUGAAGAAUUUUAUGUUGAAAUUAACUAGAAAAAAGUGAACUUAAUUACGUCAGUAAACUCUUGAAAAAUUAUGAUGAUAAUAAUAAUCUAAGAUUUAAAAAAAUGUAUUACUUAAUAAUCGUUUUUUAAUAAUAAUUAUUUAGAGAGUUUUUUUAGAAUGAUUAUUUAAUUAACAAAGAUGUUAAUUAUAAACUUCUUUGUUCUUUCAAGUCUUAAACUCCUAAACAAUAAUUUGUUAAUAUCAAAACUCGAGUUAACAAAAAUCGUAUUAAUAAAUAAAAAAUUCCAGUAAUCUAGAUUCAUAAAUGGAAAAUUACAAAAAAAAAAAUGGUUCUAACUUAUAAACUAACAAACUAAGAAAUCAGUUAACUCUCGAAAAACAAUUGGUAUAGCAGAAACAGUAUUCCGCGCGAAUAAAUUGGUUUGUAUUAAUCAAAAGCCUUCUCACAAUGAAGACAUUUUCAAUCUGUAUCAAUAAGUUAUUACAGAAUCUUGCUUUUAAAAUUAUUAGAAUUAAUAUUAUAUAACCUACAGUGAUAUAAAUUUUAUUAGGAAUAGGAGUAACAUGUACGAAAUUAAUAAACUGAAUCAAAAUCUUUAAUGGAAGGUGAAACUCUAGCUUCAUUUUAUAAUAUUUCAGUUUUCUCUGCAAAAUUGAUUUAUGAAAAUGAUUUUUCAUAAACCAUAAAUCAAAUCAAAU